CAGUUCAUAUCUGGCUUAAAUUUGUAAUUUGUAAAUUAAAUUUGUAACUUCAAAGAUUCCAAAUAAGGGGAGGAAAUAACUAACUAGGAAUUUAUUUUUUGUGUGUUUCAGGAUUGUCCAACUUACAGGAGCAAUAUUUUCAUACACUAUGAACCUAGAAACAGAAACAUUUUGCCAAGAAUACCUAGCACAUAAAGGUACAGUAGUAAAACCAUAUUACUGGCUAACAGUGAGCCAAAGCUGUGUCAAGUGCCCCUAUCACAUAAAAACAGGUGAAGAAGCAAGAGUUCCUUAUGUAGAAUUUCAUAAUGCCUUUGGAUUCCCAUACAGAUCAAUGCCUUCCCAUAAUAAACACCUUCUAUUUUAUGAAUUGAGGCAUUCAUCAGGGAAAUUAAUUCAAAAAGGCCAUGCUACAAAUUGCACAGAGUACAACAUUCAUCCAGAAUCAAUGUUAUUUGAAAUAGGCGGUUAUCUAGAUUCAGUUGUGCACAAUUAUGAGAAUGCUGGAUACAUAAUUAUUUAUUCAAACUACUCACCUUGUAACGAGGCAGAGCAUGGCUGCAUAAGCAAAAUGUACAACUUCCUGAUGAAGUAUCAAGACAUUACACUCUGCAUUUAUUUUGCACAGCUGUACCACACAGAGGAGGAUUUCCCAGUAUCCACAUGGAACUGUGAAGCUCUGCAAAGCCUGGCUAGCAUGUGGCCUCAGGUGACAUUGAGCCCACUGUGUGGUGGACUUUGGCAUUCCCUCCUAAACAGUUUUGUGACUAAUAUAUCACACCCAAGUCUCCAUCAUCCAAUUUUGCCUGCAAGAGUAUGGGCUGACAGACAAAAUGCACAACAAAUUAGCAGCAUUACAGGAAUGAAAUUUCCUUUUAUGAAGACCCUGCCUCAGCCAGGCUAUGGACACUCAACUGUUCUGCCAUCUCUGCAAAAGUACUUUUUGCCCAGUUCAGACUCUCAGCAUCCAGCACCAAUGAUGAAUGGUAGAUUGCUCCCUCUGGGGAUACCACCCCCCCACUCAACACCUCCCAUUGAUGUUUUUUCCAGUUUUAGAAAGCAGCCACUAUACCCUCAACCUAAAAAUAUUGUCAGACACUUAAAAAUGCCAGAUAAGUCAUUAAGCAAAGCUAAACGUUUGCAAGUAAUUCCAAACGGAAGAUCUGUUUACAUGGAAAGAAUUACUGAACGAGUUUAAAGUAUCAAGUCUAAAGAGCAUGAACUGCACAGAAACCGGAUCCAAUUCACCUCAUUCAAAAAUUGAAUGCAGGGCUGACAAUUCACUCGGCAUGUAAGCAGCUCAAAUGCUUAUACACAUGUUUUUCAUAUGUACUGUGGCUAUUAUGCCAGCAUAGGAAACACCACUCAAGCAGCUGAAUGAAGAGACUAAGGCAAUCCUGCUAGUCAGUGUGGCUACUGGACAGCGUCAUCCUCCAUUUUCUGUUAGAGUAUUAAGACAACUUUUCAUCUUCAGGAUAUUUCCUUUAUAAUAAUUAUUUUGUA